GGAGAGCCGGGCUGCGCGCGGAGCUCUGGCCGCGCUCCUCGGAGCGCCGAACCCCCUCCGCGAGACCCUGGCCUGCUGCGCCCCAAAUACCCAGAGUCUUUCUCAUAUUUCAACAGUGAGACACAAUUUUGGAGCUGGGAAGACGUGAUUUCAAGGAACAAGAGGAAUCAAGGUGUUCCGAGGACAGCGGAAAACAAUUAUUUGCCAGAUUCACAGACUCCCACUUUUAUUAAGAAGCAAGAAGUACAGCUUUACACUAGAGAUUGCAUUGUACUUGGAGAUACGCAUAGAGCUCAGAGGCCAAGAAAGAAAAGAGACAUUCACCAUAACAACAUUUGUAAAGAAAGGAACACGGUGCCAGAACUUGGAAAUACUUUUUUGGACAACCAUUUUGGCAAGGAGGACGCAGCCCUUUGGCCCCAUGUGGCUACCUAUGAAGGACUGACUGACUCCACCAGCUAGCUGUCCCAGCUCCCGCUAUGGGACCCUCGGGGAGCGCCCUGAGUGGGGAAUACAUGCAGGUCCAGAUGGUGCUAUGGGGAAGCCUGGCAGCUGUCGCCAUGUUCUUCCUCAUCACCUUCCUCAUCUUCCUGUGCUCAAGUUGUGACAGAGAAAAGAAGCCAAAGCAGCACAGCGGGGACCAUGAGAACCUGAUGAAUGUGCCUUCUGACAAGGAGAUGUUCAGCCACUCAGUGACCAGCCUGACAACAGAUGCACUUGCUAGCAGUGAACAGAAUGGGGUGCUCACCAACGGCGAUAUUCUUUCAGAAGAUAGCACCCUGACCUGCAUGCAGCAUUAUGAGGAAGUCCAGACCUCAGCUUCAGAUCUGCUGGACUCCCAGGAUAGCAUGGGCAAGCCCAAGUGUCAUCAGAGCCGGGAGCUGCCCAGGAUCCCUCCAGAAAGCACAGUGGACACAAUGCUCACUACCAGGAGUGUGGAUGGGGACCCAGGCCCAGGCAUGGAGGGACCCUAUGAAGUGCUCAAGGACAGCUCCUCCCAGGAGAACAUGGUGGAGGACUGCCUAUAUGAAACCGUGAAGGAGAUCAAGGAGGUGACGGACAAAGGCCAGAGUGGCAGGUCCAAGUCUACUUCCGCCUUGAAAGAGCUUCCUGAGUCCCAAGCACAGGGCAAAGCCGAGUUUGCCGAGUAUGCCUCGGUGGACAGAAACAAAAAAUGCCGCCAGAGCGCCAAUGCAGAGAGCAUUCUGGGAACUUCCUGUGAUCCUGAAGAGGAGGCCCCACCACCUGUACCUGUUAAACUUCUGGAUGAGAAUGCAAACUUUCCAGAGAAGGGGGAGAGAGAAGCAGAAGAGCAAGCCACAGAGGAGACCAGUGAACCCAGCAAGAGAUUUAGUUCAUUGUCAUAUAAGUCUCGGGAAGAAGACCCAACACUCACAGAGGAAGAGAUCUCAGCCAUGUACUCCUCAGUACAUAAGCCUGGACAGCCAACCCAGAAAUCAGGGCACUUGCUGCAAGCACCAGCAUCCACCAGCACCUCCCUUCAGGAUGUCCCUCAGAGGUCUCCCUCUUCCUGUAAUGAUCUCUAUGCCACUGUGAAAGACUUCGAGAAAACUCCAAACAGCGUCAACACCCUUUCCCUAGCAAGGAGAGCCAGUGAGGAGCCAGAGCCAGACUAUGAAGCCAUACAGACGCUAAACAGAGAGGAAGAGAAGGUCCCUGCAGAGACCAAUGGCCCCCAUGGCCUCAUCCCCAAGGAGAAUGACUAUGAGAGCAUUGGGGACUUGCAGCAAUGCAGAGACAUCACCAGGCUCUAACAACCCAGAAGACAGCUCCAGAGAGCCUGUGGUCAGCCUCUUAAGGACAGGUCUGUGGAGACAGGAAGUGAUAUCAGCCUACUCUCCCAGCUCUAGAACAGUGAGGUACGGACCUGGCUGACCCCAGGAUGGGCACCCCUCUCCUCCAGCGCCAACACAAAAUUGCCCAGCACAUCCUGGCCCUCUGCAAGAGACCCCACUGUGGUCGCAGCCCUCAGAGAGGAAGGCAAGCGGUGAGAGAGCACUCCACUCUGCCAGCCCUGCUUCUCCGCCGGCCUGGACACUGCCAGUAGGAAGAGCCAGUGGUCUCUUCCUCACUUCCCUUUUCUUGUUAUAGUUAAAAUAUUUGGCUUUUAUCCUCUUGAGAUCUCCCAAUGUCCAUGGUCCAUUCCAAGGAAGUUCUCCUACCGGGCUUGGUGCUGGUCCUCCACAUAGGGUGUGAGGAUGGCAAGAAACUGGUUGCCAGUUCCCAUUCACCCACCCCCUUCCCAGAGCUGCUGGGUUGGCCUUUGGGAAUCCAGAUGGUGCUGGUCAGUCACUAGGCUUGGCGAGGGAUGGCCCUGGUGUUUCUGGGUCUUCAUUCCUCCCUAUUGUGGCACUGUGCAUCAGCAGCCUUUCCCCAAGGUAGUUGAAAUCCGUCUUAGAUGCUUCCUUUCUCUAGUUAACCACACUCCUGCUAAAACCUGUCCAAUAUUUCCAAUGAAUAUUGCGGUACUUCCAGGUUUGUUUAAGCCCAGAGCUCAUUCCUUCCAAACAGAGAGCCUUAAUCUUUAUGUUGGGGUGCAGACCACAUGUGUGAGUGAACAGCAGCCGUCUUCCAUUCCUGAGGGGCUGUGGACACAAGUGUGUAUUUCCAGUGAUCUUUGCUGCCCACACCAGCCAUGUGGACAUUCCUUUUAUCAGCUACCCUAAGGUAAUCUAUAUAAGAGUAAAAUGUAAACAUUUAUUUUAUUAUAUAAAUUUAUAAGAUGUUUUAUGUUUCAUGCCUAAUUUCUAGAAAGUGCCAGAAAAUGUAUAUUAACUAUUUUGAUUUUAUGUAUAAUGAUUUAUACUCUUGUUUCGAAGACCCCAUAAAGCACAUAAGCUAGGUAAUUAUAAGUAGUUGUUAUUCUUUGUUCUAAUAAGUGUUAAACCACUGAAGGUUUCUAAAGACUCAGCCUUUCAAACGGUACUUGGAGCUCCUGAUCCAAAUCACGUGUGCCACUGGCAGCAUAAAUGCAGCAGACAUAAAUAGCCAUUUCAGUGGUCAUGAGGCAAUCCUGGAAUGUUCCAUGUUAAAAUGGAAAGAAUAAACUAUGACUGAAUUAUGAACCUCCUAGAAAUAGCAUACAUUCAUUAAGGUUUAAUGACCUCACAUAAGAAAACAGUGUUGAUGUCUGCAGUCCAGUGCUUGCCUAUAUAAAUUACCUAUUAGAAUUUUUUUCCUUCAUUUUAUAAAAAUCAGUGGCUGAAAUAGCUUAGAUGAACAGCUCAGCCUGGUUUGAAUUUAAUCAUUACUUUCGAUCUUCCGGGCCACCGUUGGAAACCGUACUCACUUGUCACUAUAGAAGGAGCGUAGCUGAAGGCCAUCAUGAAGGGUGGGCUAUGGAGAGGGAGCUUCCCCUCACUGGUAAGGACACAGGAGGCUGAAGCAUCUUGAGAACUCCAGGACAGGCUCAGUGGCAUGUGUGUCUGUCCCCUUGUUCAUGGACUGGUUUUGUGGCCUCUCCGGGUCCCAUAUCUGAGUUAUCAGUGAACUCUCUUGGGAUGCGCUGGCCAGUCAGCCUGAUCUUCCAUGAAGACAUCGUUUGGAUAAGCACAACCAUUGCUGGUCAGAAAGCAGCGGUAGGACCUUGGAUCUCGGGACCCGGGAGAGGGCGAGGCCCCGCAGCUCUGAGCCCAGACCUUUUGCAAGCACUGCUUUACCUUCCAGUUUGCACUGCUUUGUAUCAAUGUUUGACCCAACUGUCUCUCGGGUCAGGUUACAAGGGUCUGAGCAUGCCAAAGUCAUGCUUUGGGGACAUCUUGCAGCUCAAAAGCUUGAUUGCAUUUCAUAAAAAGUCUUACUUAGCGCCAGGGAAGCAAAUGUGAUCUCUGAAGUGUAAAACUCUUGCUGUAGAGGCAUGUUCCUUUUGUUGUGAGUAAUCAUGUCAUCUUAAAAUGUCAUUGUCACAUUGCCCCCCCCAGGAGUUUUCAGAUAAGUUAUGCAAUAUAGUCAUAAAAUAUGCAGUGUAAUUACUUAAAUUGAGAACCAGUAAUAAGAAUAUGUUGUGAGAGAAACUAUCUUCAGUGUACUUCACAAGGAACUGUAAGGCCCUCCAGCAAACAUUCUUAAGAAUGAAUAACAUAAACCCUGAGGACCCUCUCCCUCCCCAGCUUUGUGUACUUAGGUAAAGUAUGUCUACUGGUGUAGAAUCAUUGUUUGACUAUUAUACAGGGUUUAUUUUAAAACAAUACCUUUUUGCUUUAUUCAGAAAUCUGCUCCUAUCUUUGCGCUGGACAGAGCCUGUGUCUUUUUUUUUUUUUAAUAACAGUUCCAUUGUGAUCCAAAUGUAACAAGAGCUGAAAUGUGUGGAAGGUAAUAAACGAGGAGCAGAGUUCACUGUCCACUUGAACUUCACUGCUGCCAGCAUACAUGUAUCCAGUUACAAUGACUUGGUUAUGUGGAGUUAGAAACAUGGAUAAAAUUAACUGUAAAAAAAUGUUCUUUAAAUCAGAAUUAUAAAUCUGUCUUGAUUAAAAGUAGAGUAUUUCUUUCUGUUUAAAUAUUUUGAAAGUUUGGAAGCAUUUUAUGCUGCUUUCAAUAUGUCAUGAGGAAAGUAUAACCUGUUUUCUAUAAAAUGAUUUUUUUUUAAUUUUUUAAAGAAAACAGCGUCUGUAAAUAUGUUGCCUGCAUGUCUUUUCUUUUCCUGAUCUAAAUUAUAUCAUUAAGUCUUUUAAAGCUUCUAAAUAGACAAAUAUUUCCUGUGAGGAAAAAGGUUAAUCGCUGAUUUUUUUCUGCCCUGGAAAACCCCUAGUGAGUUCUAAUUGAGUGCUAAAUUACCAACAGGCAAUCAACACAGAGCACUAAAAUUUCACUUUAGUAUGUCAGUAUAUUUUCUUUAGUUGAUUUUAAUUUAUGUAAUUACAGUGUCCCCUGCCUCCACCAGUGAUAAACUAUAUAUGUACAUACACAUAUGUGCAUGUGUGCAUGUGUGUAUGUAUAUACAGCUGACUAGCAAACUCAGGUGCUUGAUUAGGCUAUGUUCUGUUCUGUAUUUAGAAUGCUUAUCCUUGAGUAUGAUGAACUUCUGUCAUAAAAGCAGACUUAGAAGAAACAAAUCUCCAACAGUUUCAUUUAGUAAUUAUGAGAAAGCCUUCCUGAGUUGCCCUCAUUUAAUUUUCCUAAUGAGUACAUUCAGAUUUUAAGUGGGUUGUAAUCCUCCUGCUGUAAGACUGUGGUGUUCUCAGGUCUUCUUGCUCUACAGGAGAUCUGCUACAUGUAGCCUGGGUGAAGAAAGGGAGACAGGAGUACUUCUAGAUAAGUUUUAGGAGAGAGAUUUAACCAAAAGCAACAAGAAACUCUGAGCCAGGCUUGCACCCAAGCACAGUGAUUUCCCAGGUAGCAUCAGAGGUCGGUUGUCACCUGGUGACAGUGUUUCAUUCCCUUGUGGAACCCCCAAGGUUUUUCAGCUGAAGCACCUGGCACACGUGUAAUGAGGAUCGCUGCCAUGAGGCUAUGACUGGCUAGAGCUUGCAGUUCAAGAUUCAGUCAGGAGUUUGUAAAUGAGUGAACGGCAUUUUUUUUUCAUUGCACCUUGUAUAUGCUAAUAGGACUUUGUGUGAUCCCGUGGUGCCAUUCUUCUGAAAGUGCUGGUUUCUGGUACCCAGCCAGUUAAGUACUGGUUGCUGGAAGCACAGUGGGUACUAAGGGUUAUUUCCUGGAAACCCUGACAAGUAUAUUACCGUAUCAUUGGGGAGAUGUAAAUUGUAAUGUUAAGUGUUAGUAAAUGAUAUGAAAAUAGCAUCGUGUCAAUAAUACUGUGGCUUUAUUUACAGUGACAUCUAAAUUCCUUACCUUGUAGUAUAUUAUUUUCUUGCUCUGUAGUGUCCACUUUCCUAGAUACAUUAUUCCUGAUGGUAACAGUAGACAAGCUGACACAAACUUAGACUAAAAGUGUUUGACUUCAGGAAAUCAGUCCAGAAUCCAUGAUAAAUUAGCAUCUUUAUCUGGAAUUACCAAAUUUAAAUUUAAAAUCAUGGUCCAAGACAGGCAUGGUGGCACACGCCUUUAAUCCCAGCACUGGGGAGGCAGAGGUAGGAGGAUCGCCGUGAAUUUGGGGCCAUCCUGAGAAUACAUAUUGAAUUCCAGGUCAGCCUGGGCUAGAGUGAGACCCUACCUUGAAAAACUAAUAAAAUCAUGGUUCAGUCCUCUUGUACAUUAUAAAGUCUUUUUACAUCUCACCUCUAAAUAUUUGUAUUUCAUUUUGUCAAGUUUUUCUUUUUACUGCAAAACAGUUGUACACUUUCCUCUUAAUAGCAAAUUAAAUGAGAAAUGCGGUUUUGUUUUAAAAAAAAAAAAGGUACCUUUAAAAGCAUUUGAUUUAGAAUUUAUUUAUCUUAAUGCAAAUAUUUUCUUCCUUUGCACUUAUACCCUUUGGCUGCUUUUCAGAAAUGUAAUGUAGCUAAAUGUGGUGACUUGUGCCUGUCAUCCCAGCACUGGAGAGGGUGUUGGAAGCCUGCCGGGGCUACAUGGGAAGACCCUCUCUCAAAAAUAGGGUUUUUAAGCGCUCUAGUAAUCUCUUAUCACCUAUGUAAUAGUUUGUGAAGGUUGAUGACAUCACUUCUCACACUUCUAUAUGUUAAACUGGCAACAGUAAAAUGUUUUCACAUUAUACCCUUUUAAUAAUGCAUUGUACUAUCAUGCCUCAUGUUUUCUAGGAAAGUUUGAAAUACAGCUAGACAAACAAAUGACUGUUAUAAGUAGAAUUUAGAAUUUUGUUCAUGCACUUUUUCCUUGUAAAAGUAGCUACUCCGAAAGUAACGUGUGUCUUAAGUGUUCCCCCACCAGUUUGAAAGUAUUUGCUUCACUCACACAGUAAAAUGUUCUUAAAGAUG